AUGCGGGCCUUUGCGUCUUUGGCGGUCUUGAUGGCUGAUCCUAAUGAUUCAUCUAGAACACACAAUGGCAACAACAAUGGCAACAACAAUGGCGGCCCUGAUUGUGAUUUUGGCGGCAACUCAGGCGGUUCUCCCAGCAGUAGUGUUAACGGUGAUCCCAACGGCAUCCCGUAUGGAAAUCCAAGUGGACUUCCAAAUGGUGCCCCCGCUGGAUUGCCUGGAAACUCCCCCGAUUCUGCUCCUGACAUGCCCACUUGUGCCCUGCAAGGCAUUACAACAGUUUUUGUCACUGUAUACCCUACCAGCCAUGUUACUCCCUCCGGUUUUGCCCCCUCUGGUGCUGCUCAGUCCAAUGGCUUUGAUCCCAAUCAGACGAUUCAGCAAUCUGCUCUCCCUGCUUCAACUGUCUUGAUUUCCCCCGUUCAGUCUGCCCAGGCCGCACACACCAGUGUCAAACCUUUCACUACCGUCACAAUUGAUGUUUGGGGCAGUGAUGGCGACCCAUCAGAUGCAUUCACAUCCGAUAUUUCACCUGCUCCCAUCUCUACGGAUGGAGCUUCUGACCCUGUUCAGACAUCUGCGGGCUCUCCUGAUGGAUCUUCUGCACUCACCCAAGACCCUGACUCAUUCAAUUCCAAUCUUGGAGACCUUUCAACACCGUCAAGCGGUCAAGCUACUGCUGGCAAUGGCCCAAUUCCAGGAUCCUUUCCCACUGUCACUCCUGAGAAUGCGGCAUACGGUAGUGCGGGUGGCCUCAAUAGCAUCCCCAAUACCUUCAACCAGCAGCCGUCAGAAUACUCUUCACCAACUGACACAGUUGCUGGCCUUGACGGAAGCCAGCCUGCCCAAAUAACAGUCGUUGGCCCUGAUGGAAAACCGACAAUUGUACAAUUUCCUGGUACUCAGAUUGGCAAUGGCAAUGGUGCUGCCCAGCCCCUUUCUACCGCUGCUUCGUUCCCCAGCUUUACUCCAGGUGUUUCUGCGGCUUCAGAUGUCCUUGCGACCGCCAGAGAGACUCUUUGCACAAGCUACACUAUCAUGGGACCCAACGGAAUUCCCACUGUCGUUCACUCUACAUGGGUUGACUUGCCCACAACCGCAGCAUCCCCUCCUUCAUCGUUUCCUUCCGGGCUCUUGCCAAAUCCCAGCGUUGUUACUGGCUUGCCAGAAGGGCCUGUCAUUCCCACACACACUACAUUCACCAUUCUUGGCCCCGAUGGACUUCCAACUGUUGUGGAAUCGUCUUGGCUAAUGCCUGCACCAACAAACACGCUUGCGGGAAUCCCUGGUCCUACCUCUGUCAAUGGCUUCCCAAACCAAGUCACUGGAACAGCUGCAGGCGUGGAACAAAGCGGCAGUACGACAUGCACAAGCUACACUGUCCUUGGAUUGGAUGGUCUUCCAACAGUCGUUGAUACAACUUGGGUCAUCCCUAGCCCUACCAACAACGCCAUUCCUUCAGCUAUUAUCACUGGAAUUCCAACCCAGGCAGGAGGGGUUUCUGGUAGCACACCUCAAAUCACAACAGACCUUGGUGUGAAUGCCAUUACCACAUGCACAAGUUACACAGUCCUUGGUGCUGAUGGCGUACCUACCAUCGUUGAAUCUACUUUUGUUGUCCCUGCAAGCAAUGUGCUUCCCACUGUUGCAAGCGGAAUGCCUCUGCCGCCAGCUCAAACCGCAGGUUUCCCCGAAGGCAUCUCAAAUCUCCCUGAGGCAAGUGGCUUGGCCACAACUUGCAUCACCGUCGGCGUUGUGGGACUAAAUGGCUUUACUACACCAGUUGUUCAAACUGUUCUCAUCCCUACUGGUGGUUUGAGCAAUGCUUUGCCUGCACAAACUAGUGUUGGUUUUCCUUCUCUAGUACCGGCUCAAACCGGUCUUCCUCAAGGUGGCCUUCCUAUCACUCCUGGUAGCGGCUUGUUCACAACUUGCAUCACGGUGACCACAGUUGGACCAGAUGGCAUGGCUACACCAGUCGUCCAGACUGUGGUGGGCAUACCGAGCGGCGCAGAGCUUGGAACCGCACUAUCACCCCUGUCAACUGGUGUUCCGUCUUUCCCCAACCCAAAUUUCUCGAGUGGUACUCUUCUCGGUCUCUCCACUCUUUCUCAAUAUGGGACUCUUGGAGCUGGCCUGCCAAGUGUGCUGCCACCAUCUGCAGUGGUUUCUGGUAUUGUGGAACCAACAGGGACUGUGACUGGAACCCGCACGUCGACUCUUACCGUCACCAACGGUCCCAAUGGGCAGUUGCCAAGUCUCGUUCCUUACGGCGAUCAAUCGGAUAACCAGGCGCCAGAAUAUGGCCUCCCGGGAUCAUCACGUCUUGCCACUGCUCUCCAAACUAGCACCUGGACCAAUGUUAUACCAGAGCAAACCACCACAUACACGAUCAACUUCCCACUUACUACCAUGGCCACUGUUACUCUGCCCAAUCUGCGAGUCUUCCGUCGCCAACAAGACUCGGUAUCGUCAGGAAUUGCCUGGGAUAACAAUACCCUGAGCGUGAGCCCAACCUCAGUGUUGAGCAGCCAGAGUGAUCUUUCCCCUGCUUUGCCUUCUGCGACUCCACCCCAAGUUGAUCCUUCUCCCAUGUGCCCGACUGGCGGGAAGAUUGGUAACCUUACAUUAGACUUUGAUGACGUCAAAGCUGGACCCCUUUUCAAUCCUGCUCGUGAUAUUUGGUUCUCUGAAGGAUUCCUCAUUGCUCCUCCAUCGUCUCAAACAUCUCAAUCCUACAUUCCUUCAUCUGGUGGUCAGCUUGUCGAAUUCGUUCCACCCUCUUUACCAUCCUUGGGCCGUUCCAAUGUAGGAGAUACUGCGGAGAUUGGCGUUGGUCCAAACGCUCCCAAUCACUGCUUUAGAUUUGACUUCCAAGGUGCGAGCCUUGGCUGCGCGGCAGACGGUGCUGAGAAAUGGUGUGAGUUUGAGGUAUCAGCAUAUCGAUACAACGAAGUUUCGGGAAGAGAAGAGUCAAUAGCUUGGUCUGAGACAAAGCGUAUUCCGGCAUGCCCCAGUUUCCCCAAUGGAAACUGUCGACUGACUCCAGUGUCGUUUGACGGCUACGCAAACAUCACGUCGGUCCUCAUCACUCUACGGGUUGGCACCGAGUUGCGAGUCUGGUGGGGAGACGACUUCAAGUUUGGCUGGAAUGACAACAGUUGUGAAGCCGCUGCCUGCCGUGCAGGUGCUGCUCCUCAGCCGGUCAAGCGCGAGACUAUUGAGUCAGUUGCUCGCCGAGGCGUCUGGCACUGGACUGCACGCGGGUUGAAAAGGCUGGAUGACGAAUACAUCUGGGAAUCGGUAUAA